CUCAGAAACUCAUGGGGCCCAAGAAAAAGCAGUGGAACGGGCACUACAAGGCCAAGCGGCCCAGGGAAGGGGAGCAAGACGGCAACGGCGGCAUCGGGGACGAGCGUCCGAAAAAGCCUCGACGGACGGUAGCGAUAAGCCUUGGGAACGUGAAAGGCCACCAGGCCGUCGUUGGCACCUGUGAUGUUCGGCACGAUAGACAGGCAACAGCGGAGCUGGUGGACAUGCUAAACUCGGUGGCCGAAGACAUGUACCCGGAGACUAACGGGGGCGAUGAGGCGGCCGAAGAUGUCACGCCAGCAUCACCUGUCGCCCCCACGCCGAGCGCAGAAGGAAAAACUGGCAACGGCGAUAGCGAUGGGGCUGGGGCAUCAGCGCCCUCGGCAGCAGCACCAGCAGGAGGGGCGGCCGAAAUGUCUGUGGAAGAGAUGGUAAAGCAAGAGGCGGAUGCGCUGCGGUCCGGGAGCGACAAAGCCCACCGGUUCAAGUCCGUCAACACGUCCGUCAAGGGUGUGGUGAUGGUGUGUGUUAUGGAUCCGAAGGUGGACAUCUUGCGGCUGGUGGACGCCCUCUAUGAAGAGAUAAGGACGACCAAGAUGCGCCGGAGCCGCUUCCUCGAGCGGGUGACGCCGCUGCAGGUCACGGCGUAUUCCGAGCUUGAUGCAGUCAAGGAAGCGGUCGGACCCAUUGUUUCGAAGGCGCUGCCGCCCGUCUCAGAGGGAGUGCCACCGUUACCGACAGAUGUUAGAGCUUCCGGUGCCAAGGCCACCGGCCCUGUUGACUCGAAGACUGAAAAGGGAACGCCGGCACCGAAGGUCAGCGGUGGUGUCAAGGUCAAAGUAAAGGAGACGGAAGCAAAGGAAGGUGAAUGUGCGGCAGCGAGCGCACCAAACGGCACCGGAGAUAAAGCAGGGGGAGGAGCCGGCGCUGCCACCCCAGGAGCUGCCGGCACCAAGGAGGGCGAUGACGUCGGCGAGGGCAAAGAGAAAAAGACCUGUGACAAGAGGUGGAAGUUCAGGGCGGACAUAAGGAGGAGAAACUCAGGACUGAAGCGGCUCGACUUGAUCAAUGCUGCGGUGGGGUCUGUGGGCGUGGGGCACUCAGUGAACAUGACUUCUCCGGAGGUGACCAUCGUCGUAGAGGCCGUCAAGUCGGUCGUCGGUGUGAGUGUGCUGUUCAACUACGCUCGGAACCACGAGUACAGCAUAAGCAGGCUACAAGACGCCGUGUGUGGCACCAUUCUCGACAGCUGAAGAUGGGGACGGAAACCCCGUCGUUUGGUGCAUUUUCGUGUUUCCCUAGAGGUGUUCGGUUUUUUUUUGGAGGCUGUGUUGCUGGGGGGACACAAGACCUUCGCAAAAGACUGCUGUCCGUUGAUGAAUCGGUGAUUUGUUUAUGUGGGCGUUUGACCGUGUUCGCAUGGGACAACGCCGAGAAGUCUCAGUGUAGAGCAUCAUGUUGCUAAUGAUGCCGUAUGUGUUUUCUUUUUGGCUGCGUUUGCUGGAGGAGAUUGCGCCAUUCCAGGCGCGGACAUGGACCAGGCUUUUUCUCGCUUCAAGAUAUGUUUCAACACAUACGGU